CCUGCACUGAGAAGAACAGUGUGUACUGUAUUCUUUCUCUACUAUUGGUACCUAUUACCAUCACUCUACUCAAGUGAGGCGUAUUAUUACUCUUUUUUUGUUCUUUUUCACUUUUAUUCCCUUUUCUUUCUUUUCCUCUUCUUGCUCACAAAACCUAAAGUACAUCCACUACAUCACAUCACAUCGCAUCCAUCAAUCCUUCCCGGUUCAUUCGUUGCCACUCGGCCGGUUUUCUGGGAAGGCGCAACACGCUGCCUGCCACCCACCUCCUCCUAUCUCUUUCUCCUGCCUCCUGCUUGCUACGGACGAAAUCAAAAAGGCAGACGCAUCCAUCAAAGCCUUUCCCGGCCGCCCCGAAACAUCCUUCUUUCUAUCCACCACCAUCAUCAUCCAUCCACCAUCCAUCGAUUCAUCCGUCCGCCUUGCGCCGAGUCGCGUCCAAUUACCACCACCGCGAAUAUCCGCUCGACGUCCAUUCUGCAGGUACACCAUCACGAGCCCACGACACAUCGGGCCAGAGAAAUAACAAGACGGCACUACCCUCAGACGCAAACACGGUCCCAAACGAACGAUCCCUUUUUCGGGGGGUCGCUCCCGCCGACGCUGCCGCCACUGCCUUCUUUUCUUGGCUUACAUUCUAACUCGAACAAGCAAAACGGUCGAACCGCGCGCGCGGUCUGAGAGCCGAAACCAAGCUAAUCAAACCACCACCCGCUUGCUGCAUUGCCGUCCGAUUGAUUACCACCACCGGUCACCACCACCAAGACCCGACAAUUUCUCUUAUCCUGCCUUGCCCACCCACCAACUCGAUUGCCCAACCAGCUUUUCUUGAGUUCAACUCUCGCCAUUGAUUCUCUCCAAGAGCUCGCUUUUCUUUCUCAACACCACUUGAGCGGCUCUGGUCGAAUCUCGCUUCUCUUCCUCACUCUUUUCUGCUCAAUAUAAAACUCGCCAGCUUUGCGCCGCCAAACCCGACGCCGUGUGCAAAUUCGACUUUCGCGAUCCCCGUGUGACCGACGUGUGACGGCAGCGACCCCGGAACUGCCCCCGUCCGUCGCAAAGCAGGACCCGCACCUCGACCAACACCAUCAGCCCGCCACCAAUCUUGUCUUGCGUGUGUGUCCCGCACUACGGAACAAAGCAAAUACACAAUGUCAAUCUCACAGAAACCUCCGGUACCAAUCUCCAUCACCAUCUGCGGUGAUGGCGGCUGCGGAAAGUCCUCCAUAACCCUUCGUCUUGUCCGCUCCCAGUGGACCUCUGAAUACGACCCCACCAUCGAGGACUCGUACUCCAUCACCCGCAAGAUCGACGGCCAGAACUAUCACUUGUCCCUGACCGACACGGCCGGCCAGGAGGAAUAUCGCGGCAUGUGGGCCUCGUCCAAUCUCGGCGCCGACGCCUUCCUGCUCGUCUACGACAUCACCUCCCGCGACUCGCUCGACGCUCUCCAAUACUUCAACGACCUGAUCGAUAUGGAGGCCGAAACCCGCCUCGACAACGCCGACCGCGCCAAGCGCGCUGGUCUCUCCCCAUCCUCCUACCGCGACACCGUCUCCGCAACCCCGGGCGCUAAGACCGUCCCUCCUGUCAAGAUCGUUGCCGGCAACAAGUGUGACCUACAGGAGUCCCGCGAUGUACCCGCCGCCAUGGGCCUGGACUGGGCUCGCCGCCGCGGAUGCGGUUUCAUGGAGACGAGCGCUCGCCUCGAGGUCAACAUUGAGGAGACGUUCGCUCUCAUUGUCCGUCGCGUCGUCGAGGCGAGGCGUAUGGCGGAGCUGGGCGUCAACGAGAACAUGGAGAUGGACCGCCGGGGCAUGACAAAGCCCCUGAGCCCGCUGCCGACGGGUAGUGAGAACGAGAAGCACGGACCGGGCCCGCAGGGUCCUAACGUUCACAGGAAGAUGGGCAAGGGAUCCAUAUGGAAGAAGCUCCGGUGCUGGUGAGCCCCGCGGCCAAUGGUGUGUUUGUGACAAGGGGCUCGUAGUGUGAGAGAACAAUGCGAGGAAGCCAAACGAAACUUUAUGACGUAUGAAAGCAAAAAAGAAGACGAGCAGGGCGGCAACAUUGUUCUUUUUUUUCCCCUGCAAAGUGGUGUGUCUGUAUUUAAGGGGCUAGGUGGGUUUCACUGGGUUGGGGGCCGGAGGAUCCAUGGACUUGCACGAUGGAGUCGUUGAGUUGUUUCCGUUGUACAAAAAGGGUCUCAUGCGAGGGGGGCGUUUCGGGAGUCUCGAGAGCACAUAUCCCUCUCUCUUUUUGGCCUCUAUAUUGCGCCUGUUGGGCAGGUUUGAGCAAAGGGAGAGGGAAACAAGUUCAUUUUCGCCGCAUAUGUGCCUCUUGCUGAGCCGGUCAGACUUCUGUAUUACCUUCGCUUCUCUCUCCUUUUCCUCCCCUUCAUUUCUCCCUUCCUCGCGACAGUAGUGGCUUUUCUCCCUUUUCCUCAUUCUU